GAACGCGGGACUCGGGCUGCGUGCACGCUUCUACACCCCGUGGAAUGAUUUGUUGUUAAUUUCUAACACAAACACAUUUAACAGCUCCAUCAGCGCCGCCGAGAAAACAGCAAGGCUGUCUACAGGAGCUGACCCAUGCUCGUGUGAUUGGGAAACCAGCUCGACUUGAGGUUUAAAAGUACUCGUGAACCCCCUGAAGAAGCCUAUAUAAAUGAUGGACAUGGAGGGGUUCGGUGAACUACUGCAGCAGGCCGAGCAACUGGCAGCUGAAAUCGAGGGAGUGUCAGAACUGCCUCAAGUGGAGCGCAAUCUGCAGGAGAUCCAGCUCGCCGGGGAGCGGCUCCGCUCGCGAACUCUCACUCGCACCUCCCACGAUGCCGCCGACGUAAAGGCGUCUAUUUUAUUGGGCUCCAAGGGCCUGGACAUCUCAAACAUUUCCCAUCGCCUUGAGAGCCUGAGCGCAGUUACCACCUUUGAGCCCCUGGAACCUGUGCGGGACACUGACAUACAGGGAUUUUUGAAGAAUGAAAGGGAUAAUGCUUUGUUCUCGGCUAUUGAGGAGUCCAGAAGGAGGACCUUUGCUCAGGCUGAGAAGUACCACUGGGAUAACAUGCUGGUGGAGUGGGAGCAGGAGAAGCAGCGAAUACUCAACACUUUGCUGGGAUCUGAGGAGGACAUGUUCGAUCUUGCUCCAGAGGCAGAGCGGAGCAUUCUCACGGACACCUCCCCUCCAGGCCGCAGCUCCAUGGACAGCACUGAGAUAGCCUAUGCACGCCAGGUGUACGUCUACAAUGAAAAGAUUGUGCAGGCACAGAUCCGUCCCAGCCUGGUGGAAAUGUUUGGCGGCGUAGCUGACAAACUUGACGACAAGAAUGUGAUAGAGCUGUGGUCGAUGGUUCAGCACAUGACUGAUGUGCUUCUGGUGCCAGCCAAGGACACUUUAUCAUGUCGUGUUAACAAGGACAUGCAGUCUGCUUUCGUCCGGCAGGCCCUGCUGUACCUGGAGCAAAGCUACAAGAACUAUGUGAUGACGACGGUGUACGGGAACCUGCAACAGGCAAAGCUGGGCGGAGUGCCGGGGACCCUUCAGCUCAUCCACAGCUUCAUUAACAUCAAGCUGCCUCAUCUUCCAGGCCUUCAGGACGGGGAGGUUGAUUCUCAUCCCGUGUGGGCCGUGCUUUACUAUUGCCUGCGCUGCGGCGAUGUCACUGCUGCACUCUCAGUGGCCAACCGCUCACAGCACCAACUCGGCGAGUUUGUGGGCUGGCUACAAGAGUACGCCCAGAGCCAAGACCGCAUGCUUUCCCCAACCUCGGCGAACCGCUUGCGCACGCAUUACCGGCGCGCGGUCAGGAACGGUACGGACCCGUACAAGCGUGCUGUGCACUGCCUGAUUGGCCGCUGUGACGUCACAGACUUCCACGGGGACGUUGCUGAGAAAACGGACGACUUUUUGUGGCUGCGGCUUCACCAGGUGAGCUUCGAGGAGGAGGCUGGACUGGGGACACAAGACCGCAUAUCACUGCCGCAGCUACAGACACAGCUUUUGGAGGAGUAUGGGGAGACGCACUUCUCAGCCGGCCAGCAACCCUUCCUCUACUUCCAGGUGCUCUUCCUGACGGCACAGUUUGAGGCGGCCGUGGCAUUUCUCUUUCGCGUGGAGCGUCUGCGGGCGCACGCCGUGCACGUGGCGCUCGCCCUCCACGAGCUGAAGUUGCUGCUCCAGCCGCCGCUGCAGGCGGCACAGCUGUUGAGCAGAGAGCCCAACGAUCCUGGUCCCAUGCGGCGUCUUAACCUGGUGAGGCUGCUGAUGCUCUACACGAGGAAGUUUGAGGCGACUGACCCACGGGAAGCACUUCAGUACUUCUACUUCCUGCGUGCGGAGAAAGAUGGACAAGGGGAGAACAUGUUCAUGCGAUGUGUGGGGGAGCUUGUGAUAGAGACGCGGGAGUUUGACAUGCUGCUGGGGAGGCUUGAGAGGGAUGGGACCAGGAGGCCGGGCGUGAUCGACAAGUUUUCUCAGGACACGAGGGGCAUCAUUUGCUCGGUGGCAGCUGUGGCUGAGAGCAAGGGCCUGUUUGAGGAGGCUGUCAAGAUGUACGACCUGGCAGAGAAAGCUGACAAGGUGCUUGGGCUGAUGAACCAGCUCCUGAGCCCCGUGGUGUCAACCCAGGGUGCCCUGCACUCCAACCGCGAUCGACUCAAAACCAUGGCGCUCGGCAUUGCGGAGAGGUAUCGAACUCUGCAUAUCAGCACGGACAAGAGGAUCGGUGCAACUUUCUAUUUGCUGCUGGACCUCAUGACCUUCUUUGAGGAGUACCACGUGGGCCAGGUGGACAGAGCCAUGGAUGUAAUGGAGCGGUUGAAGUUGGUGCCUCUUGACCCAGACAGUAUUGACGAGAGACAAGCUGCGUUUCGGAACUUCUCAGACGAGGUGCGCAACAGCCUGCCGGAUGUGCUGCUCGCCACAAUGAACAUCCUCCUUACCAAGUACCGCCGGGCCAAGGCGGUUGGGGGUGGCGCCCCUGCCAGGCCACAGAGGACCGCCGACGACAUGGACGCACUACGCAGGCAAGCGCAGGUGCUGCUCAUGUUCUCGGGCGUCGUUCCGUACCGCAUGGUUGGUGAUACCAACGCGCGCCUGGUGCAGAUGGAGUCUCUCAUGAACUGACCACUCCUGCUGGCCAAGCAGGGGGAGGGCAGUGCGGAGAGGUGUUGUGGUCUUUGCCCAGUCAGUGAUCAUCAAAAUAUGCGUAACCAUACACGUUGGUUGUGGAGUUACUAAAAGGAGGACGAUGUGUUCUGCGCACAAUAGGUGCUUAAAAAAUUUACACGGCAUAAUGUGUUUUUGUUAUUUUUUGUGUUACUUUUUUUGACGUUGUUGACCAAAAGUGUACUUUCAAUUAUAAUAAAAAUGGAGCCCAUAAAGGGGUGAAUACAA